CUGAUGCAGAAUAAAAAUUGAUUUUCCAGAGACAUUUUCCUUUGCAGAGAGAGAGAGAGAAUAAAGGCGCGAGAGAGAAUAAAGGCGAGAAACUAGGAAGGGAAAUGGCGGGAAUGUGUUGCUAUGUAUGCCCAUAUCCAACUCUACAACACAAAAGUAGAGUUCAUAGCUUCCGAUGCUGCUCCAAUAACAACAACAACAACAACAACAAACCAAAGCCAACCCAAACUCCACAGCUCUUGAAAAUCGCGGUCACCGGACUCACAGAGCUCCUCAGGCUCUUCUCCUCCGGCCAAGACAGAAUGGAUAUAGUGAAUGACGUGCAGAGAUAUGAAGUUUCAGUUUCAAGCAUUGAUGAUGUUGUAAUGAUCCUCAACUCAGAUUAUGAGAAUGCAUAUUUUGUUACAGGUACCUUCUUGCCCCCCCCUUCUAGUAUAUAAUGAGUGUGAUCAAGA